GUCACAAAUCCAUCUAUUACUUGUGGAAAGCAUUUGAUGUAGACCCUAAAGUUGCUGGUGCUUGUGGUGAAAUAGUUGCCAUGAAAGGCAAAGGCUGGAAUAAACUAUUGAUUCCAAUUGUGGCAGCCCAAAACUUUGAAUAUAAAAUGUCAAACAUUUUGGAUAAGCCAUUUGAAUCAGUGUUUGG